AGUUAUCGAUUUCGUUUGAAUCUGAGAUCGUUGCUAAUGUGGAAGUUGUUUUGAUAUAGUCGUACCAUUCUACCAUUGUGAAUCGUUUUUAUAAGUACUAUUGUAAGAUGUUCGUGUUAGGAAUUCUUUUUUUUAUGAUUGUGCCCAUUUUGGGAAAAGAUGAUGACAAAUCCCUGACAAUGCACGUAAGGAACGCCAUAAAUACCAUCAGUAAAGCGGGAUUUAUAUGCGCUUGCGCAAAAAUGCGCGAAGACAAUAAUCGGUAUUAUGUUCGUGCUACUAAAUUCUACAAAGAUAACCACAAUGGUGAAGAGAGUAAAGUAUGCGUAGAAACUUGGCAUUACUACAUCUUGAAUAGUAAGGAUGAAAUUUGUGUCAAAGUGAGAGAGUUUUAUAAGAACGAGCAUGAUGAACAGAACCAUUAUCUGCGAUUAUCAAAGGCGCUUUGCCGUUCUUACGUCAAAUGUUCCGCGCACCUUCAUUGCGACAAAAACACCGUAAAAGUGAUAGAAAAAAUCACGACUACGACUGCUGGUAUCCGAGAAGUAUUAAGAUUUGAACAGGAUAACUAUCUGUUAACGUCUUCGGAACUUUCUUACAUCAACUUGUUUUUAUUGUUGCUUAAAGAGAAGCCCUAUCGAUUUAAAACAUUUCGUAGAGAAGGUCAUGAGUAUGCUAUACCGCAAAUAGGAAAUGUUGCGACACUCGUGGAGUCCCUAAAGAGAUAUCGAUGUGAGACUUAGGGAAGUGAAAUUCGCUUACUACUAACCAUUGCAUGUAAGAGUGUGUUUUCAAAGUGUGUGAAAAGGUAUACCAAUACCAAUUACAAAGUGGGUGUAAAUAUUUUCCCAUGUGGUACUUUUUGAAAUUUUGAUAAAAUGUUAGUGUGUUUGUGUUUGUUUUUUAAAUUACGUACUUGUGCAGAUAUUUUUAAAAUGUUAAUUUUGUAAUAUAAAUGUUCAUUUUUCUUUUAA